AUGCUGGGAUCAGCGCGUGCGAGAAGGGGCAUGCAGUGGCAGCAGGCUCUGGCGCUGCUCAGCCAGAUGCGGAAGGCGAGGUUGGAACCCAACGCCAUCAGCUACGAUGCUGGGGUCAGCGCGUGCGAGAAAGGCAAGCAGUGGCAGCGGGCCCUGGCGCUGCUCAGCGAGAAGUGGGAGGCGAAGCUGGAGCCGAACAUCAUCUUCUCCUACAACGCUGGGAUCAGCGCGUGCGAGAAGGGCGAGCAGUGGCAGCGGGCCCUGGCGCUGCUCGGCGAGAUUGCGAGCAGUGGCAGCGGGCGCUGGCGCUGCUCAGCAAGAUGCGGGAGGCGAAGCUGGAGCCCAACGUCAUCUCUACUAUUUUGCAGCUACAGCGCAGGGAUCAGCGCGUGCGAGAAGGGCGAGCAGUGGCAGCGGGCGGUGGCGCUGCUCAGCGAGAUGCGGGAGGAGAAGGUGGAGCCCGACGUCGUCAGCUACAGCGCAGGGAUCAGCGCGUGCGAGAAGGGCGAGCAGUGGCAGCGGGCGGUGGCGCUGCUCAGCGAGAUGCGGGAGGAGAAGGUGGAGCCCAACUUCAUCUACCAUACUUACAAUGCUGGAGUCAGCGCGUAUGGGAAAGGCGAGCAGUGGCAGCGGGCGCUGGCGCUUCUCAGCGAGAUGCGGGAGGCGGUGCUGGAGCCCGACGUCGUCAGCUACAGCGCUGUGAUCGGUGCGUGCGAGAAAAGCGAAGAGUGGCAGCCCGCCCUGGCGCUGCUCAGGGAGAUGCGAGAGGAGAAGCUGGAGCUCAACGUCAUCAGCUACAGUGCUGCGAUCAGCGUGUGCAAGAAGAGCGAGCAGUGGCAGCGCGCGCUGGCGCUGCUGGGCGAGAUGUGGCAGGCGAAGCUGGAGCCAGAUUCCUCAUGA